CAAAGGCUGAACCUGAAAUCCCGAAACUCUCUCUCAAAUCAAGUUAUCCUCCCUCUCUUAUUUUUCUGGAUUUCAAAUGAUUUGAAUUUUUCAUUUUUCUAAACUUUUCAAUUCUAUCUCUCUGAGUUGAAUUUAGCUUCUUGAUUUCGUAUCUACGUAUUUUGGGUUUAAUUUCAUAAACCCUAGUUUUCAAAAGUUUGUUUUUUUAAUCUAAUUGUUUGUCUGAAACAGUUUGCUUUAGAUGGGUAUGAGUGUUUAGGGUUUGGAGUCUAUGAUUUCCAUCCAUGGGUGCUCUUGCAAGCAAUAGGAAGCGAGCUGAUUAUUCCACCUUCAAUACCCAGAAGACGUACCAGUUUUCUCCAGAUUUUCGGGUUUCCAAGAAACCCAGAAUCUCGUUAAUGCAGCAGAGCCCAGAGAAACCUAUUUUGUCAUCUAACACCACGGUCUCAAGGCUCUCUCGAUACCCGGAAGCCAAGCGUCCAUUGCCCAGAGAAGUUCACGCUCCUUGUAGAAACCUCAAGUUUGGGUUUGCAGGGUUGCGUUCGAAUCAAUAUUCGAGGCAGAAUUCAAGUGGGUAUAUUGAAAAAGAGGAUUUUACUCCUGUUGGUCUCAGCAAGAUGGGAAAUUUCUUCAGUCGCCAGUGUGCUAGUGUCAAAAAGAUGGCAAUGGAUGUGAUAACGUACCCGAAGAAGAAUCAGGUGGUGAUUAUUGAUGAUGAUGAUCAGGGAAAAGAAGCGGUGUCUGAUGAUUUUAGUGUUGAGGAAGUGGAGAUUAUAAAGGACGGACGAGGGAAGAUUGUAGAGAGGAGUUUGCAGCCGUCUUCAUCUUCCGCGGUUACAGAGUCAAACAAUGGGAGUUUAAGAGUUGAAAGUGCAGGGAAGAUGUUGGAUUCCCUAUCAUUGAGUCGUGAUGGGUUGGAAGAGUUGGGUAUAGAAGCCUAUAAGAGCUUGCUGGAACAAGCUGAGAGCAGAACUGCAAGGUUGAAUGAUUUAGGAUUUCAGAUUGAAUUGCAUGAGAAGCGGCGGGAUGGGUUCCGCUCUUUGCAAAGUUUGAAGAAACCAGAGGAGAAACCAGUAGAGAAAGUACCUCAAGAACCAUUUGUGCAUCUUACGGAUGAGGAACACGCUGAGGUUCAACGUGCCUUUUCUGCUAAUAAUCCGAGGAAGGUUUUGGUCUCUCAUCAGAACUCAAACAUUGAUAUUACAGUACGGAUUUUGCAGUGCCUGAAGCCAGGAGCAUGGUUGAACGAUGAGGUGAUUAAUGUGUAUCUUGAAUUACUUAAGGAGAGAGAACGAAGAGAACCGAAGAAGUUUCUGAAAUGCCAUUUCUUUAACACCUUCUUCUAUAAAAAGUUAGUAGGUGAAAAUGGCUAUAACUAUAAAGCUGUCAAGAGAUGGACUUCAGAAAGGAAGUUGGGGUACUUCCUCAUUGAUUGUGAUAAGAUAUUUGUCCCCAUACACAAAGAGGUGCACUGGUGCUUAGCGGUUAUUAAUAAGAAAGAUCAGAAGCUCCAGUAUCUUGAUUCGCUUAAAGGAAAGGAUACUAGAGUGCUGAAUGCCCUGGAAAGAUAUUUUGUUGAAGAAGUUAAGGACAAGUGUGGAAAAGAGAUUGAUAUAAGUUCGUGGGAACAUGAAUACGUUGAAGAUCUUCCUGAGCAAAUGAACGGGUUUGAUUGUGGAGUGUUUAUGCUGAAGUAUAUGGACUUUUAUAGCAGAGGUUGUGGGCUCUGUUUUAACCAGGAACACAUGCCCUAUUUCCGGUUAAGGACAGCCAAGGAAAUUCUGAGAUUGAGAGCGGACUGAUUAAAUGUGUGAAGCAGCUUCUUCAAUGACAUGCUAUAGCUCCCAUUUUGCAUUAGAUUGAAUAAAGUAUGCCUGCCGCUUCAUGUUUGAUUGAUGAGAAGGCUUCUACAAGGUCCUGCAGUGGUAACAACAAUGCAUGAGUAUCGGUUUGAUUCUAUGAUAGUAUCAUCAAGAGUUUUGGUCAAUUGACUAACAUAGCUUAGGAGGAAUCAUCCACAACUUGAAGGUGAAUUCAAGCAAGGUCGUAAAUAGGGGUAUUUUUGAAGGGUUUCUCUUGGAAAUGUAGGUGUUUUGUGUAUGUAAUUCUUUUGGUCCAUUAAGUAUUAAAACCUUUUCUAUAUAUAUAUCUACAGUUUUUUGAGACAUUUGCAGUUGUAACAGUUAAUAGAAAAUUACUCGUACAAGAUUAUUGGCUGCAUGCGCACUGACAUUGCUGUGG